AUGGCUACUAAACUUAAACAAUUUCAGGCAUUCCGUAAUGUUUCGGUAAAUACGUUACAGGUUAUUUUUAAUUUAUCAAAAACUGCUCUAGCUGAUCCAUCAUCUAAACUCAUUUUCGCUACCUGGUAUAAACAAGUACCAUCGUGCAAAGAAACAUUUGACGCCAAUCAAUUGGAAAUUAUCGCUUUAGUCGCUGAUAAACCGGAUCAAUUAGAACUCGAAAAUGAAAUCGGUUCGCAAUUUUUAUCCAAAUUCAUUCAAAUUGAGGUCGCUUACGAACAAUUAUUUCCUACAUCGACGAACCCGCACUCAAUGCAGUUAAAUAAUGAGUCCUUCUUUUCGAGACCUUUUGUAGAUCACCUGCAACGAAUAUCACUGCCUAAAUUUGGUGGAAAUAUUCGUGAUUGGCCGCAUUUUAGAGAUCUUUUUAUUAAACUGGUAGAGGAAAAACCCUACGGUAAUAUUGAGAAGUACCAUUUCUUAGUAGGUUGUUUAUCGGGCGAACCUUUAGAUAUCGUUAAAGCAAUUCCAAUUUGCGCCGAUAAUUACCGUAUUGCGUUUGAUACGUUGUUAGAUCGUUACAAUAAUGAACGGUUACUCGCCACUUUAUACUGGAAUGAAAUUCAGAACAUUCCUGCGAUGACUUCUGAAUCCGCCACUUGUUUAAGAAGCCUGUUAAAUAAAAUCCGCGAAAAUUGUGAGGCUCUCAAGCUGUUAAAUUUAGUUGAUACUUGGGACUUUGUAUUAUUUAACAUUGUUGUUAGUAAACUAGAUCCCUCUACCCGUAAGGAAAUCGAAAUUAAAUUGGAUAAGAAGAAAAUUCCUACAUUUUCAGAGAUUGAACAUUUAUUAAAUGAGCAUUGCUUAUCGCUAGAAGCAUUAGUUGCACCGCUUUCUUCGGAAAAACCCGCCUCGUUUGAUAAAUCCGCCUCAUAUAGCAAAGUUGUCCCACAGGUCGGCAAAUUUAAUAAAUCCCCUUCGACUUCGUCUAGUGGUAAUUUCAGGCAACCUUUUGCAAAAACCACACUGGUCACUACCGCUUCGAACUCUCGUCAUGCGUGCAUUUUAUGUGCGCAGUCACAUGCCUUGUUUGCUUGUCCUGUUUUCAAAGACAAGCAACCCCAUGAGCGUUUUGAAAUUGCCAAGAACAAUCGCGUUUGUAUUAAUUGUUUGUCACCUGGACACGCUGUUUCCAAAUGCUCGUCGGAAAGGAACUGUCGAUCUUGCAGCUCUCGACAUCACAGUUUGUUACACUUUCCACCGCGCCUUUCUAGUCCAAUCGCUCAAACCGCUACCUCUUCGCCGCAAAGCUCUGACCAGGUAACAUCUUGCGCCAGUAGUUGUUCGACAUCUUAUUCGACUCGGCCCCCGGUACUUCUGGGUACAAUUGUCUUAAAAAUUAGAGAUUGUUUUGGAAAUUAUCAUACCGCAAGAGCCCUAUUAGAUACAGGAAGUCAAACUUCAUACAUAACCACUUGUUUAGUAAAUAGACUUAAAUUACCUAAGCAAGCAAAUGCCAUUCCCAUUUCCGGUCUGGGAAAUAUCGCUAUGAAUUCUUCGUCGACAGUCACUUCGGAAAUUCGUCCAAUUGACUCCAUGUCCCCAACCUUCGAAUUUGAAUUCUUUCUUUUAGACAAAAUUUGUGGCAAUUUACCUAAUCAAUCGCUCAAUUCGGACAUUUGCCUUCCUCGUGGAAUUAGAUUAGCCGAUAGUUUGUGGUAUCAAUCUCGUCCCGUUCAACUUCUUUUAGGUGCUGAUGUUUACCCAUUUAUAACCCGUACCAGUGUAGAUAGCGCUCCCCGCACACGAGAUUAUCCCUUCUUAUUAGGUACUGUAUUCGGUCAAGUAAUUUUAGGCCCAGUUAAACUUGGCCAUCCUCAACAGGUCGUCCAAUCGUUGCUUUCGGUCUCAGAACCGCCGCUAGAGCAAAUUGUCGAACAAUUUUGGGACAUCGAAGAAAUUCAUUCCAAACCACUAGUCAAUGCCGAAGAGGAAUUCGCUGAAUCCUUUUUCAGAAAAUCAUUGUUUCGAGACGUCUCGGGCCGUUUUGGUGUUGCACUUCCUUUCAAGGUUGCUAAUCCCACUUUUGACGGUUCGAUGGGCAUUGCAGAUCGUCGCCUUCGGUCCCUAGAGAAUCGCCUCGCUUCACAACCGCAAUUGAAAGCUCUUUAUUUAGACUUUAUGCGAGAAUAUUUAGAUGCUGGUCACAUGACACUAUUGAGUACUAACCCGUGUGGUAAUGAUUGCUAUUACAUCUCUCAUCAUGGUGUUUUUAAACACGGAGAGGAAAAUACCAAAAUACGUGUAGUGUUUGACGCUUCGGCCAAAGCUUCAAACCAGCAAUCACUUAAUGAUACUUUGCUAGUUGGUCCUAAGCUGCAAAAGGAUAUUGUGCAAUUAUUGCUACAGUUUCGAACGCAUCCCUUUGUUUUUACUUGCGACGUUCGUCAAAUGUACCGCCAAAUCCUCAUUCGUUUUGAGGAUCGCAAGUACCAACUCAUUCGUUGGAGAUUUUCCCCUGAAGAUCCAAUCGCCACAUACCAAUUGAACACCAUUACUUAUGGUGUAUCUUCUGCCCCUUACCUAGCUAUCCGUACUCUCUUGGAAUUAGCCGAUAUUGGUGCAGAUCAGUUUCCUCUCGCAGUCAAUGCCAUUCGCAGUAGCCUUUACGUAGAUGAUUUAAUUUGCGGAACUUCAUCUCUUGAAGAAGCUAGAAAAUUUGUCGCUCAACUCGUAGAUUUGUUUGCCUUAGGCUGUUUCGAGCUUCGCAAAUGGGCAUCCAACUGCGUGGACGUUCUGGAUUCUAUUCCAGUUGAAUUCAGGCAGGUUCAAGCACGUUCUUUUGAUAUCGACCCCUCCAGUGCGAUUAAAAUUCUUGGCCUUCAGUGGCAUUCGUCUUCCGAUACUUUUGCUUUCAUUCAACUGCAACAAUCGUUUUGGUCGCGAUGGAACAAUGAGUAUUUGCAUACUUUAUUUCAAAAGAGUCAUUGGGCCAAAGAUAAAAAACUUGUACCGGCUGAUAUUGGCGUCUUAGUUUUGCUGAAAGAUGAUACCACGCCCCCUCUACAGUGGCGGCUUGGUCGCAUCGAAAGACUGUUUCCGGGGAGUGAUGGAAUUGCUAGAGUAGCAUGCGUUCAUACUACUCGCGGUAGUUUCAAACGUCCCUUAGUUAAAUUGUGCGCACUGCCGACACAAUAA